CCUUCCGGCUCUGCUCGGGCCCCUCGGGCCAGUCCCGCCUUGCGCGCCCAUUUCGAUCCCGAGUGUCAAGCGCGACUCUCCGGACUUGAGCCUCCCGCGCACGUUUUCCAGGACUGGGUUCUUGGCCAGGGGGCCAGAAAUGGCGCAGCUGGAGGGUUACUACUUCUCGGCCGCCCUGAGCUGUACCUUUUUAGUGUCCUGCCUCCUCUUCUCGGCUUUCAGCCGGGCGCUGCGAGAGCCCUACAUGGACGAGAUCUUCCACCUGCCGCAGGCGCAGCGCUACUGUGAGGGCCGUUUCUCCCUCUCGCAGGUGGGGCCUCCAGCCUGUCCCGCCCUGGACACGCUAGAGAGGGCGGCCCCGGCCCAGCGCCACUGUCGGGGCCGUUUCUCCCGCUCGCAGUGGGACCCCAUGAUUACUACAUUACCUGGCUUAUACCUGCUGUCAGUCGGAGUGGUCAAACCUGCCAGUUGGAUCUUUGGAUGGUCAGAACAUGUUGUCUGCUCCAUUGGAAUGCUCAGAUUUGUAAAUCUUCUCUUCAGUGUUGGCAACUUCUAUUUAUUAUAUUUGCUUCUUCGCAAGGUGCAACCCAGACACAAGGCCGCCUCAAGUGUCCAGAGAAUCUUGUCCACAGUAACGUUAGCAAUAUUUCCCACGCUCUAUUUUUUUAACUUCCUUUAUUAUACAGAAGCAGGAUCCAUGUUUUUCACUCUUUUUGCCUACUUGAUGUGUCUUUAUGGAAAUCAUAAAACUUCAGCCUUGCUUGGAUUUUGUGGCUUCAUGUUUCGUCAAACAAACAUCAUCUGGGCUGUCUUCUGCGCCGGAAAUGUCAUCGCACAGAAGUUAACAGAAGCCUGGAAAACUGAGCUGCAGAAGAAGAAGGAAGAGAGGCUCCCCCCUGUUAGAGGACCGUUUUCAGAAUUCAGGAAAAUCCUUCGCUUUCUGCUGGCGUACUCCAUGUCGUUUAAGAACCUGAGUGCGCUCUUGCUCCUGACCUGGCCCUACGGCCUCCUCGCGCUGCUCUUCUGCGCCUUUGUGGCCGUCAACGGCGGGGUGGUGAUUGGCGACAGGAGCAGCCAUGAAGCCUGUCUGCACUUUCCCCAGCUGUUCUACUUUUGCUCUUUUACUCUCUUUUUUUCCUUUCCUCACCUCUUGUCUCUUAGCAAGAUCAGGGCUUUUCUCUGCUUGGUGUGGAAACGGAAACUUCAGUUUUUUGCAGUGACUUUAGUCUCCAUAUUUUUAGUUUGGAGAUUUACUUAUGCUCAUAAGUACUUGCUAGCAGACAACAGACAUUACACCUUCUACGUGUGGAAGAGAGUUUUCCAAAGACACGAAAUUGUGAGAUAUUUGUUAGUUCCACUCUACAUAUUUGCUGGUUGGAGCAUAGCGGACUCACUGAAGUCAAAGCCCAUUUUCUGGAAUUUAAUGUUUUUUGUGUGCUUAUUUGCUGUUACAGUACCUCAGAAAUUGCUAGAAUUUCGUUACUUCAUUUUACCUUAUGUCAUUUAUAGACUUAACAUACCCCUGCCGCCCACAUCCAGGCUUGUCUGUGAGCUGGGCUGCUAUGUAGUCGUCAAUUUCCUGACUUUUUACAUCUUCCUGCACAAGACUUUUCAGUGGCCAAACAGUCCGGACACUCAGAGGUUCAUGUGGUAAUAGCAGGGUUAUCUGGAGCUCCAGAAAUAGACUUAUUAUUUAGACUAUUUUCAUAAUGAAAAUUGAGUAAGUAGAAAUUUUGGAAUUUCUUUUGGGCACCAUGGUGAGCCUCAGAUCAUAAGACUUUUUUUAAUGUUUUAAAUAUCAAACAUUUUAAAUAUAUGUAUAUACACAUAUAUAUGUGUGUGUGUAUAUAUAUAUAUAUGCAUAUAUAUAUAAAAUCUAAGGCAGUGAAGUGAUAAAAAACAGAAAAGUUUUAAGACAUGCUCCAUAAGCCUGAAAAAUGAUGGGAAAAUAAAAUUAUUUGCAGCUAUCUCAUGGUAUUUCUUUGAUACUCUUGGCCACUCAAAAAGCUUGGAAGCUUUUUACACCAAAUUUAAGAAACCUGGGUGUGCUUUGUGGUGCUGGAACUUAUUCAUUCUCUUCCAAAAGAAGUAGCAAAGCCUUUGAAAAAUAUUUACAGAUGAUGAGAUAAUAGUCUUGACUGAAAAGUUGUUUAAUAUUUUAAUGAAUAUAAUUUUAAGUGUAAGGCAAAACAGACUCACAUAGAUAGUGCAUGUUAUAAAAUUAGAGGCUCUUCUGUGUUUAUCUAGAAAUCAAGUUGCUGAUUUUUGUUAAAAAUCUAGGAAUGAUGGAAGUCCUCUCACUGUUCCUAAUGUGAAAAUAUGAUAGCCAAAGAUAAGUUGUGUUGAUGAUAACACUUUUUAAAGGGGAUUUGCUUCCUGAAAUACAUCACUGUAUUAGUUUCCUAUGGCUGCCAUGGCCAUUACAGAUUACCACGUAUUUGGUGGCUUAAAAAAAUGUCUGUCACCGUUCUGGAGGCCAGAAGUCUAAAAUUAAGAUGUCAGCAGUGUUAGUGACUCCUGGAGGCUCUGAAAGGUAACCCAUCCCGUGCUCUCCUGCCUUCCGGUGUCGGAAAUGCUUGGUGGUCCUCGGUUUACAGGUGCGUCACCCCCGUCCCUGCCUCUGUCUUCACAUGCCUUCCUCUCUGUCUUCCUUCUCUUACAAGGACAGUGUCUUUGGAUUUAGGGCCCACCCUGAUCCAGGAUGACCGCGUGUCCAGAGCUUUAACUUAAUAAUAUCUGCAAAGACUCUCUUUGCCAUAUGAGGUCAUAUGUUCAGAUUCCGAGUAUACCUGUCUUUUGGGGGGCACUUUUCAACCCACCAGAGUUACCAAAGUAGAUUUUUAUGAUAAAACUCAUAAAAUGUGUAGGAAAGAGUUUCUUUGCUGAGAUAUUUUAAAUAAAAUUGUAUCUUUUCUGAGAGGUUAAAAACAAGUGACUUCCAAGGUCACAUAGUUGCAAAACUAAAAAUAACUGAUACUUGAUUCCAUGAUCCAAAAAUAGUUCGAAUUUAAGGGAAGUUUAGAAAUUAUUUGAUCUAGUCUUAUUUUCUAGGUUAGGGGUUUGGGGGGGUCGGUUUUGGAUUCCGUGUCUGCUGUUUUGAGUACAUUCUUUGCGUUUUCAUCCUAUUACAGCAAAGUAUUAUUUGGAUAUGUUAACUUUGACAUGUAAACUUAGAACUGUGAGUAGAAUUUAUCUUUUAAUCCAGUUUUAUGUUGGUAAACUUUUUAAUCACUGUGUGAACUGUCUUCAGUGUUGAAUUAUGCUUUCUUUGGGUUUUACACAAUGAGUGGAUUUGGAAAACACUCUCCAUUUGCAAAUAUAAAAUUGUGUGCAGGUGAAAAUUACAAGUGUAGUCUUGAGUAAUAAAUACAAAAUCUUUUAUUGUAUAAACUAUGUGGGGCCAAGUUGUGCUCUAUUUAGUGCUCAGAAAGCAGAUUGAUUGAUUUUUUAAUAAUAACAGUGACUGUACGAUGGAUAUUUCUACCUAAACUUUUUAAAUAAGACAAGAAAGCACGCUCAGACAAAUUAUGAUUUUAUAAUGGGAGACAGGAGUUCCAGGAAGUCAAAAUUCUCCCCAAAAUGUGUAAGUUAGGAAAAACAACUUUCUUAUCUGAUACUCUUGGUGCAAGGCUUUUAUUUUUAGGCAUAUUUUUGGGAUGAAAACUUUUUCUCUCUGACCGAGUCUGGCAAGAACGAGGAGGCUGUCCCACCCCGUGGACUGAGGGAAUCAUUGUUCCUGUUAAGUUUGAAGGGUGGAGUCCCUGUCUUUAAAGGGAUCUUUUGGAAUUCUGUGAAUUAAAAGGUGCUGUACAGUGUUGCUUUUAGAAACAUCCUGAAGUUAUGUGUGUUUUGAACAUUUUUCAGGAGUUACCAAAUAGAUAUUUUUGAUAUUAGACUUGACUGAGCUUCUUGAUUACAAGGUAAUUCUUUGUCAAAAAAAAAAAAA